GAAAACACAACUGAGAAACAAUCUUCAACCCAGGCUUCUCAUGAGGCCCAAAGUGACCAGCAGAACAAUACAACGGAAACACCUGUAGCAGAUUCAGGUUCGGUUUCGGCUUCAGGCAAUGACAACCGGAAAGUUUCAUGUGAAGAUAUUGAGCUUGUCCAAAACCUGAUUGAACGUUGCUUACAAUUGUAUAUGAAUAAGGAUGAAGUGGUUAAAACACUUCUUAAUCGAGCAAGGAUAGAUCCUGGAUUUACAACUCUUGUUUGGCAAAAAUUGGAAGAGGAAAAUGCAGAUUUCUUUCGGGCUUACUACAUAAGGCUUAAACUGAAGAAACAAAUCAUCCUGUUCAAUCAUUUGCUUGAGCACCAAUAUCAUCUGAUGAAAUAUCCUGUUCCUCCGAAGGUUCCAUUGACUCCGAUGCAGAAUGGGAUAAAUACCAUGCCAGUCAACAACUUGCCCAUGGGAUACCCCGUCUUACAACAACCUCCGCAUCCAGCUGCAGGUCAACCUCAUUUUGAUCCGAUGGGCAUGCCUAGUUGCCAUGUGGUUAAUGGUGUGCCUGCACCAAGCAACUAUCAUCCAAUGCAAAUGAAUUCUGGAAAUGAUAUGGUGGUGGAAACGAGUGCAUCAGAUGUAGCACCAGCUGUUCCACCUAGCAAUGCCAUGUGUGAUAUGCCUGUAAGCCCUGCAUCAGUAGCUUCCAGUGGCCACUUCCCCUUCACUGCUUCGGAGAUUUCAGGGAUGGGAAUUGACACAUCAGUGCUUGACAGUUCGUUCCCAUCUGAUGUACCAGAUAAUGGAGUUGGUAUUUCUAGAGAUGUCCUGAGGUCGUUGGAUCAGAUUCCUUGGGAUUUCAAUCUUUCGGAUCUAACAGCAGACUUGUCAAACUUGGGAGAUUUAGGAUCUCUAGGAAACUAUCCUGGUUCCCCCUUUUUGCCUUCUGAUUCAGAUAUUCUGCUUGAUUCUCCUGAACAAGAAGAUAUAGUUGAGGAGUUCUUUGUUGAUGUUGAGACUGCACCAGGGCCUGCACCGUGCCCUCAAUCAGAUGAAGAGAAGUCCUAGUUUAAGUUGACACGAACACGUCCGUAAUACCAUAGCCAGAAUAAGGAGUUUGGUGUAAAAUGAUGGUAAAUGAGAGGCUGAUCAACUGAGGACAUUGAUUUACCUGUGUAGGUAUGUCAUUAACCCAACUUUUCUGUUACCAAAGGCUUGGGCUUCUACUUUAUACGAAGCUCUAAAGGAAGAAGUCGAAGGAAAAAGCCACCUGACUUUAUUCUUAUACUGAUCGAGCUGAAUUAUUUUCUAUUUGAAUAGAUUUCGCUUUCCUUGCUUGGACGACUCCUCUGCUUAAAAAGGGGAUAUAUCUAAGCUUUGAGUUAUUAUAGUCGCAUCUUUCCUUCAUUUGUAUAAGCAAGUCAGGAUCUGUUAAGUUUCAUUCCUUUUGAUAUUAUUAAGCUUGUAUCUUGGAUAUUGAACAUUAGCAAUCUGAUAUAUUCCGUUAACCAGCCAUUGUACCAA